UGCAGCCCAGCCUGCGUGGUGGUGAGGCUGGAACGGGGCCGUGCCAGCUCCAAAGCUUUUCCUGAGCAAGCAGGUUUGUGAACCUGAACUGCACCUGCCCUGCGAGCAGCAAGGUGACAGCAGCCAGCACAGCUCAGCGCCGGAUCCGGGGUGACCUGGCUGCCAUGAAGGGACCUGUGCCCGUCCAGGACAGCACGGCGAGUGACACAGAGCCCUCCAACACCAUCAAACUGCUGCACCUGCUGUUCCUCUCCACCUCCUGGGGAAUGCAGGUCUGGGUGACCUUCGUGGCCGGGUUUGUGAUGAGCAGGCACCUCCCUCGCCACACCUUCGGCUCCAUCCAGCGCCAGCUCUUCCCCUACUACUUCCACAUCAGCUCCGCCUGCGCCUUCCUCAACCUGACCCUGUUUGCCAUGUCCCACCCCAGCGAGCGGCUCGGCGAGGAGCACACGGCCCAGAUCGUCAUCUUCCUCACCUGCGUCGCCGCCUCCGUGCUGAACACGGCGUGGUUCGGGCAGGCCACGGCCGAGGCGGCGGCCGAGCUGCAGCGGGUGGAGAGGGGGGGGGGGGGGGGGGGGGGGGGGGGGGGGGGGGGGGGGGGGGGGGGGGGGGGGGGGGGGGGGCGGCCGCGCGCCUCCGAGCCCGGCUACCGCCGGCUGGCCCGGCGCUUCGCCCUGCACCACGGGCUGUCCUCCCUCUGCAACCUGCUGUGCCUGCUGUGCAACGGGCUGAGCCUGCGCCGCCUGGCUGCCCAGCUGGCUGCCCUCUGACGGGGGACGCUGCCCGGCCACAGCUGGCCCUGCG